AUUAAUUCUUGUUUUAUCUUAUAUCUUAUGAGUUGAGAAUUAUUUAGAGCCUUGUUGCAUUUUCUAUAUAUUUCUUGUGGAAUCUUAUCUAAUAAUGGUACUUUAUUUGUUUUGAAGGAAUAGGCUCAUUGGACUACAAGAAUUUGGAUUGGGCCCGAUCCAUUAAAUGGAGCUUUCCUCUUGAGCUAACCCAUGUCAAACCUUAUCAUCAAAUCCCUAAUUUUCCUCCUAAACUAAGCCCUAAACCAAAUGCAAAUCCCGGUUCAAACCUUGGUAUAAAACCCAAAAGAAUCGCGGAUGAACAGUGGCUGCGUCUACUGUUCAUCGUGCCAACGGCGAUUUCCUCUCCGUGAGCGCGCGCGCAAGCCCCCGAUUCCAGUGAUAAUCUCAUCUUGAGUUCCAGAUCCAUAGAGGAAGAUGCAAGGAAGCUGCUGAUCUAUUUCCUGAAGCUGGAGGCUUGCCAAAGAGGUCUCGACAGCAAGCUUUGCUGCGAUUCAAAUCUUCAUUUCCGCCCCUGUUCGAACGGUGUUGACAGCAGGAGAUCAUCAGCCAUCAUCGGGAAGAGUUAGAGAGGUCUCUCUAGUGUUUACCGACUUGAUUCCAGCCGCAAUCAUCGAUCCAUCAGCAAGCAACAGCUGCUCACAGAUUUGAAUCACAGAUCCAGAUUUCAACAAUUUCGCACAGAUCUGAACUUGUGUUCUUCCAGAGAGGUUUCUUUGGCUAGGAUCACCGGGUUUUGGAUCUGAACUCGGAUCAGCUGCGUUCCCUUUUCUGCUUUUCUGGAUUUCGCAUUUGAGGUUUCAAGUGAGGACUCUUGUGUGACGACAAGAGUUGUGAUUCAAGAAUUGGUCUUCAUGUGAUAAGUUACUUGAUAUUGAUCCGGAAAUUGAAAGGACCUUCAGAGCUUUGAGAAUUCAGGAGAAAAUUUCAGAGGACUCAGGAAGUUCUUUAUCAUCUUCCGAUACCCCCAUGGCUGAUCAUAGUAGGACAAUGAAGGAGCUUGCAGCUCCUGAUGAGGCUUUCAAGUAUUCAUGUAUCACUUACCCAACUUUAGCUGGUGAUUUUGAGCUGAGAUCAGGGUUGAUUCAUUUGCUUCCCAAAUAUCAAGGAUUAUCUGGAGAAGACCCAAACAGACAUUUGCAUGAAUUCCAUGUGGUUUGUUUAACCAUGAAGCCACAAGGGAUUUCAGAAGAGGAUAUCAAGCUAAGGGCUUUUCCAUUUUCACUUACGGGAGUAGCAAAAGAUUGGUUGUAUUAUUUGCCACCGGGAUUUAUUACUUCAUGGAUUGAUAUGAAGAAGGCUUUCUUGGAGAAAUUCUUUCCAGCCUCAAGGACUGCAACUAUUAGGAAAAGCAUAUGUGGGAUUCAGCAAGUGGUGGGAGAGACAUUAUAUGACUAUUGGGAGAGAUUUAAGAAAUUAUGUUCAAGUUGUCCUCAACACCAAAUCAGUGAGCAGUUACUAGUCCAAUACUUCUAUGAGGGUUUAUUACCUAUGGACAGAAGUAUGAUAGAUGCAGCAGCCGGAGGAGCUUUAGUGAACAAAACUCCAGAACAAGCACGGGAGCUAAUUUCAAACAUGGCUGAAAAUUCACAGCAAUUUGGAAGUAGAGCACUCACUACUAGAGGAGUUGGUGAAGUUCAAAUGGUUUCUAAUGAACAAAAGGAGAUAAAGAAUUCAUUGAUGGAAUUAACGACCUUGGUGAAACAAUUAGCUUUGAACAAUGCUAUUCAACCUUCUGUUGUGCCGAAUAUGCAAUUUCCAUGUAAAAGCAUAGUUUGUAGCAUUUGUUCGAGUCAAGAUCAUCUUUCAGAACUUUGUCCAAAUCUCCAUCAAGAUGAAUCUUUGGCAGCAUUCUCUAGAGCUCAGUUCCAACAAAAAGAUGACCCAUAUUCAUCUACAUAUAAUCCGGGUUGGAGAGAUCAUCCAAAUUUGAAGUAUGGCAAUUCAUUCUAUCAACAUCCAUCUUCAAAUCAGCAUUUCAGCCACAAUUCCAGUAAUUUCCAGCAACCUCAGCAAGGUUUCCAGCAGCAUAAUCAGAAUUUCCAGCAAGGUUUUCAGCAUCAUUACCAACCUGCAAAUCAAUAUCAGCAAUCGUAUCAGCCUUAUCAGCAAUUUCAGAAUCAGAAUCAGCAUUAUCAAUCUCAAAAUCAGAAUUUCCAGCAAGCAAUUCCAGCACUUCCAGCACCUACAAGGAUGAGUUUAACUCAAGGAGGUUCCAAUAAUGCUUCAAAUUCAGAUCCACAGCAAGCUAGAUUAGAGGAAUUAAUGCAGCAAAUUCUUCAGCAGCAACAAAAUCAGGAAAGGCAGAUUGGGCAAUUGGCUUCUAGCAUUAAUCAGAUUCAAGCUCAGGGAUCGAGUCAAUUGCCAUCUCAAACAAUUCCGAAUCCUAAAGGGAACGUUAGUGCAUUAACUUUAAGGAGUGGGAGAAAAAUUUCAGAAUCUUCAAGAGGAAGAGCUGCUGCUGAAAAUUUUUCAGAAAUCCAGCCAUCCAGUUUCAGCAAUGAAGAACUUCCAGAAGUGCAGAAUGUGCCAGUUUCAAGUUCUAAUCCAAUUCACAUUGAUCCAUACGGUUUGGAACAUUCACAAGGAGGUGGAAAUCUGAUGCCAGAUUUUUCCAGCAACUCUUGUCCAGCUGAACAUUUUCCAGCAGCAACUCCAGAAAGCAGCAAAUCUGGAAAUGCAGGAUUUUAGAAUUCAGAGCAGAGCAUUCCAUUGCCUUUCCCUCAACGCAAAGUUCAACCAAGGAAGAAUGUAGAGGAGGAAAAAGCAAAGGAAUUCCAAGAGCUUGUGGAUUUAUUCAGCAAGGUGGAAGUAAAUGUUCCGUUACUCACAAUGAUCAAG